AUGUCUCGGCAAAGGGUGGAUGUCUUUCCGUUUGUCAAAAAUGACAAAUGUCAUCGUCAAAUCUGUCACGUUUCAACUUAUGUCAAAAUCCUGUCAAAAACAACUCUGCCCGAUUAUCUAAUCGAUUCAUAUAUUCAUUCUAAAAGAACUCCUUCCAACUCGGGAGAGCAACGAAAUGGCUGUAAGUUUUAUUCAAAAGCGGUUCAUGUCCAGCGCCCUUCAAAAGUGGGCAUACAAUCUUCUGGCUUCAACAAAUACGGACUUUGGAGGGACGACUUGUUAUACGAAGACCAGGAUGUUGCAGAGGCUCUGAAGAGAUUAGACCAAAAGACUGUCGAUGAAAGGAACUACCGUAUCCUGAGAGCUACACAGUUGUCCUUACAAAAAGAUAUCCUGCCCAAAGAGCAAUGGACAAAAUUGGAGGAAGACAAACUGUAUCUUACACCCCUAGUCAAUGAUGUAAUCAAGGAGAGGGAAGAACGAGAAGAAUGGAAUAAAAACCACUAAACAUUGCAUAUUUUGUGUUAAAUGUAGUUAUAACUGUUAUAGUAAUUUUAAAUAAUGAAUUAUGUACAGAAGAGUUUAAGAGUGUUAUUGACCUUCUUACUGGA